CAACUUCGGAAGAUGCUAUUUAUGGAGAAAAAGAGGAGCCGAAGUAUGAUUUAACGAAAUCAAAGCUACGGCACACUUACAAUCAAUCCAACAACACAAAAUCGAAGUUUGAAGAAAAAAAAUAUCGAAAUGGAGGUUGCAACUAAUAAAAAUAAGGAUAAUAUUGAAAUGAUCAAUCAAGGAGGAGCUGAAAAGAAACAUGCAAAGGCUUCAGUUACAACUGCUACUGCUGCUGAUGCUGUGGAGGUAAAUGGGAAAGAGGGGCCGAGGUUCAGGGAUUUGGGUGGGAUGGGAGGUGUACUGGAGGAGUUGAUGAUGGAAGUCAUAGUGCCUCUUUAUCAUCCACAUUUGCCACGAUGGUUGGGAGUUAGGCCAAUGGCCGGAAUUUUGCUCCAUGGCCCACCUGGUUGCGGCAAGACCAAAUUGGCCCACGCAAUUGCCAAUGAAACUGGUGUUCCUUUCUAUAAAAUUUCAGCUACAGAGGUGGUUUCGGGUGUCUCAGGUGCAUCAGAGGAAAAUAUUAGGGAACUCUUCUCAAAAGCAUAUAGGACUGCUCCUUCAAUUGUUUUCAUUGAUUAGAUUGAUGCCAUUGCAUCUAAAAGAGAAAAUCUGCAGAGGGAGAUGGAGCGGAGAAUCGUCACACAGUUGAUGACUUGUAUGGAUGAAUCUCAUAGACUUGUGCAACCAAAUGAUAAGGAUUCUAGUUCAGAGAUCUCUGAUUCCAAGCCUGGUUAUGUGCUUGUGAUUGGAGCUACCAAUAGACCUGAUGCUGUUGAUGCUGCGCUAUGGAGGUCUGGACGAUUUGAUCGUGAGAUUGUUCUUGGUGUUCCGGAUGAAAAUGUCAGGUGUGAGAUUCUUUCUGUGAUUACACGAAAUCUUAGGCUUGAAGGGUCUUUUGAUCUUUUGAAAAUAGCAAGGGCUACACCAGGUUUUGUUGGAGCGGAUUUGGCUGCCUUAGCUAACAAGGCUGGUAAUCUUGCCAUGAAGAGGAUCAUAGACCAGAGAAAGCAUGUUAUUUCUAAAGAAUCUAUUGAUGAGGAGCAAGCUGAUCAGUGGUGGAGGCAGCCUUGGUUGCCCGAGGAGAUGGAAAAACUAACAAUCACUAUGGCUGAUUUUGAGGAAGCAGUUAAAAUGGUUCAGCCCUCAUCACGAAGAGAAGGAUUCUCUACAAUUCCAAAUGUUAAGUGGGAGGAUGUUGGUGGUCUUGAUUUCCUAAGGCAGGAAUUUGACUGUUACAUAGUCAGGCGCAUAAAAUUUCCCGAGGAAUAUGUGGAAUUUGGAGUGGACUUGGAGACAGGAUUUUUGCUUUAUGGACCACCAGGCUGUGGUAAAACGUUGAUUGCAAAGGCUGUAGCUAAUGAGGCUGGAGCCAAUUUCAUUCACAUCAAGGGCCCUGAACUUUUGAAUAAAUAUGUUGGAGAAAGUGAGCUGGCAGUUCGGACAUUGUUCAGCCGUGCUAGGACAUGUUCUCCAUGCAUACUUUUUUUUGAUGAGGUGGAUGCUUUGACCACAAAGCAAGGGAAAGAGGGGGGGGGGGUUGUUGAACGACUUCUGAACCAGUUGCUCGUUGAGUUGGAUGGAUCGGAUCAGCGGCGUGGUGUUUAUGUUAUUGGUGCCACUAAUAGACCUGAAGUGAUGGAUCGUGCUGUUUUACGGCCUGGUAGAUUUGGUAAACUUCUUUAUGUACCUCUUCCCAGUCCUGACGAACGUGGGUUGAUCUUAAAAGCUCUAGCUAGGAAGAAACCGAUUGAUGCCAAUGUGGAUUUGAGUGCAAUUGGACAAAUGGAGGCUUGUGAUAAUUUAAGUGGGGAUGAUCUUUCUGCACUGAUGAAUGAAGCACCCAUGGCUGCACUGGAAGAGAAACUGACUUCAACAGGGAUAUAUGAGGCUUCAUGGACAAUCAAGACGUUGCAUUUCGAACAUGCACUGAAUAAGAUCUCACCAUCAGUGUCCGACAAGCAAAAACAGUUCUACAAGGUAUUAUCAGAGAGCUUCAAAGCUGGUUGAUAAUGAGGUAAAGACGUAUGCCGUUAACUGGAGCUUUAUUGAUGUCUGAUAUCCUACACUUGAAGAGUGCAUGAUCAAAAGUGCCGCC